GAGUGCGGGAUGGCCAGGGACGCGGAGGGCGAGCUGGGCUGUACUGCGGGCCACAUCGCCAGCUGCCACCGGGUAAAGCUCGACGGGGACCUCGACAGCGGGGAGGCGAAGGACCUCCUCGAGGAGGACGGAGACCCCGCUGUGCCAAGACGAGCUGACGAAGACGGUCUCCCGUGGGCAGCUGGCGGCUGGCCCAUGAGCGAUG